AUACGCUAAACACGUUAGGAAUAGUUUGUGGUCAGCUGUUUUGACGUGAUUUAAAAGCUUAAUUCGGCUUAAAUAUUCCUUACAAUCAUUUCAGGUGAUUGUGUGUUUCUUAUAUUUACCCAAGUAGUGAGUAUCACACUUUAUGCGCCAGUCAGAGAGUAAAGUGAAGUCUUUGUUGUCCCAACCAACAAGACUUGUGGAUACUUUUUUGCUAGCAGCGCGAUCAGUCUGUAACAUCAUGAACAUGAAGACGGCCUUAUGAAGUUCCUCGCUGCAGGAUUAUCAUUUUAAACUCCGGUGUCUGGUCUUGGGAGGAAGUGGUUUUCAAGAUGUCAGAUGACGCGGUGCUGCUGGACGUUCCUGUGAUUCGUCAGCUCUACCACUGGGACUGUGGACUGGCCUGCUCGCGCAUGGUGCUCAAGUACGUGCGUCCGGUGUCGGAGGAGCAGUUCCAGGCUGCGUGUGCUGAUCUGCAGCUGACGGAGAGCGUGUGGACUAUUGACCUGGCAUACCUGAUGCGGACACUAGGGGUCAGGCACGCCUUCUGCACCCAGACACUAGGAGUGGACAAAGGCUUUAGGAACCAGUCCUUCUACAGGAAACACUUUGAGACGGAGGAGGAUCGCGUCAACCAGCUGUUCAGCAGAGCCGAGAGCAGAGGAGUCGUCGUCAAGAAGUGCUCGGUGAGUGUGUGUGAGCUGCGCGAUCACGUCUCCGGUGGCCACGUGGCCAUCGUGCUGCUCAACGCUCUGCUGCUGGUCUGCGAGCUAUGCUCCGCCCCCACGACGUCCUGCUCCUCCUCCUCCGCCGCCGUCACCUCCUGCUGCUUCCUGCCGGCCGGACACGCCCCCUCCAUAUCUUGCCCCGCCCCCGUGUGCUUCUGCAGGAAGUCUCAGCAGCCAGAUUACCAAGGACACUUCGUAGUGGUGACCGGAUACAACCGGGCCACCGGAGCCAUCUACUACAACAACCCCGCCUUCUCAGACCGUGUGUGUUGUACAAGUGUUAGCAACUUUGAGGAAGCCAGACGAAGCUACGGGACAGACGAAGAUAUUCUACUGAUCUAUAAAGACACAUGAUACACACACACACACACACACACACACACACACACACACACACACACACACAC